AUGUUCGCCCAAGACUUCGACAGUGCAGUCGAUGACGAGCACGGAUUUAUCCGCUUCUUCAAGUCUCUCCCCACAGUAAGCGAUGAGACCGUCCGAAUAUUCGAUCGAGGCGACUGGUACACUGCCCACGGCGACGAUGCCAACUUUAUUGCCCGAACCGUCUACAAGACCACCUCCGUGGUCCGCCAGCUGGGCAAGAAUGACCAUACUGGCCUGCCCUCAGUGACCAUGACCGUCACGGUAUUUCGACAAUUCCUCCGCGAAGCACUCUUCAAACUUGGCAAGCGGGUCGAGAUCUGGGCAAGUGUCGGCGGUCGCAUGAACUGGAAGAUCGCCAAACAAGCCUCGCCAGGAAACCUCCAAGAUGUGGAAGACGAGUUGGGAGGCCAGUUUGACGGUGCACCCAUGAUAAUGGCCGUCAAAUUCUCAGCAAAGGCCAGCGAGGCAAGGAGCGUCGGUGUGUGCUUCGCGGAUGCCAGUGUCCGCGAGCUAGGGGUCAGCGAGUUCCUUGACAACGACUUGUACUCCAAUUUCGAGGCCCUAUUGAUCCAACUUGGCGUCAAGGAGUGUCUCAUACAGUUCGACAAGGGUGACAAGGACAAGGACCCCGAGUUGGCCAAAUUAAAGCAGAUCAUCAACAAUUGUGGCAUUGCCAUGUCAGAGCGGCCUGUGGCGGAAUUCGCCACCAAGGACAUUGAACAAGAUCUCGCAAGAAUACUGAAAGACGAGCGUUCCGCCUCGAUGCUGCCGCAGACGGAGUUGAAGUUGGCAAUGGGAUCUGCCGCUGCGCUGAUCAAAUACCUUGCUGUCCUUCAAGACCCUUCCAACUUCGGGCAGUAUCAGCUGUAUCAACACGACCUCUCGCAAUUCAUGAAGCUGGAUGCUGCUGCCUUGAAAGCUCUGAAUUUGAUGCCUGGAGCGCGAGAUGGCUCCAAGACGAUGAGUCUAUACGGACUGUUGAAUCACUGCAAGACGCCUGUGGGCAGCCGGCUCUUGUCUCAAUGGCUCAAGCAGCCUCUCAUGAACAAAGACGAGAUCGAGAAGCGCCAGCAGCUAGUCGAGGCCUUCAUCAACGAUACUGAACUUCGGCAGAUCAUGCAAGAGGAACAUCUAAGAUCUGUCCCUGAUCUUUACCGACUGGCGAAAAAGCUGCAGCGGAACAAGGCCAAUCUUGAAGACGUCGUGAGAGCAUACCAGGUUGUGAUCCGACUGCCCGGCUUCAUUGGCACUUUUGAAGCAGUCAUGGAUGAGACGUACCGUGAUCCUUUGGACGCCGCCUACACCACCAAACUGCGCGAGCUCUCCGAUAGUCUCGUCAAGCUCCAGGAGAUGGUGGAGACAACGGUGGACCUUGAUGCGAUGGACCAACACGAAUUCAAAAUCAAGCCUGAAUUCGAUGACAACCUACGGGUCAUCAGCAAGAAACUGGACCGUCUCCGAAAUGACAUGAAUAGAGAAUUCGUGGACGCGGCGAAUGACCUCGGCCAAGAGCAAGACAAGAAGAUCUUCCUUGAGAAUCACAAAGUACAUGGAUGGUGCAUGCGACUUACGCGAGCUGAGGCGGGGUGUAUUCGCAACAAAAAGGAGUACAAGGAGUGCUCGACCCAGAAGAACGGCGUCUACUUUACCACUAAUAAUCUUCUCAGCAUUCGCCGGGAAUUUGACCAAUUGUCGCAGAAUUACAACCGCACACAAAGCGGUCUGGUCAAUGAGGUCGUUGGCGUUGCGGCAUCAUACUGCCCGGUCCUUGAGAGGCUGGCAGGUGUCCUUGCUCACUUGGAUGUCAUCGUGUCCUUCGCACACUGCUCUGCGCAUGCCCCGAUUUCGUAUGUUCGGCCCAAGGUACAUGCGCGCGGCGAGGGUCAGACAAUUCUCAAGGAGGCUCGCCAUCCAUGCAUGGAGAUGCAGGACGAUGUGCAGUUCAUCACCAACGAUGUAGAGCUCACACGAGACAAGUCCUCUUUCCUGAUCAUCACAGGUCCCAACAUGGGUGGCAAGUCCACAUAUAUCCGCCAGAUCGGCGUGAUUGCUUUAAUGGCACAGGUCGGCUGUUUCGUGCCGUGCAGCGAGGCGGAAUUGACCGUGUUUGACUCUAUCCUCGCACGAGUUGGCGCGAGUGACUCCCAGCUCAAGGGCGUCUCGACCUUCAUGGCCGAGAUGCUGGAGACUGCCAAUAUUCUCAAGUCCGCGACAGCCGAAUCCCUCAUUAUCAUCGACGAGCUUGGUCGCGGCACAUCGACCUACGAUGGCUUCGGGCUAGCCUGGGCCAUAUCCGAGCACAUUGUCAAAGAGAUUGGCUGUUUCGCCUUGUUCGCAACGCACUUCCACGAGCUCACUGCGUUGGCGGAGCAGUACCCCCAAGUCACGAACCUGCACGUCACAGCGCACAUAAGCGGCACGGGCAGCGAUAAGGACAGUAAGAGGGAGGUGACCCUGCUGUACAAGGUCGAGCCGGGCAUCUGCGACCAGAGCUUCGGGAUCCACGUCGCCGAGCUGGUGCGCUUCCCGGACAAGGUGGUUCGCAUGGCGAAGCGCAAGGCGGACGAGCUUGAAGACUUUACGACCAAGCACGAGGAAGGCACAGCAGGCAACUACAGCAAGCAGGACGUAGAGGAGGGGAGUGCAAUGCUCAAGGAAGUACUUGUACGGUGGAAGGAUCAGGUCCAGGGCGGCGAGAUGAGCAAGGAUGAGAUGGUGGCCAAACUGAGGGAGCUGGUCAAGGCCGAUGGGCGGCUGACCAAGAACCCCUUUUUUGAAAGCGUCCAGGCUCUGUAA